AUGAACUCCCCGCUCCUCCUGGCUCUGCUCUGCGGCUUCUGCCUGGCGGCUUUCCGACCGGCCCACGCCGUCGGCGACGACCUGAACUCGGUGAUCAAGAAGCUGACGGACCACUACAACGUAACUGCGGACAAGGCCCUGUUUGGCAGCCCCAUCUUCCUCCAGGACAUGGACAGCCACGACAGGUUUGAGGAGAAAGAACAGAGGCUGCUGAUGCAGGAGAGCCUGGACGUGUACAACAGGAUCCUGUCCGACAUGCUCAACCACACGCAAGACCAGGAGAUAAAGCGCAGCAUCGCGGCGGUCAGAGCCCUAAUGGUGGACCUGAGGAAGAGCUAUUUCCACAGCAACGGGGAUAAGCUGAAGGAGCGACUGCAGGCGCUGUGGGCUCUGAACACGAACGACCUGGUGGUGCAGCGCAAGGCGGUACGGGAGCUGCUGCCCGUCUACCAGAGGACCCUGCAGCUGGGCAGGCAAACGGUGCGGCACGGCCGACACGCCCGCACCGCGCGGCCACAACGUCGCUAAUGCGCAGCACAGCCACAACGACGCUAAUGCGCAGCACAGCCACAACGCAGGCUACAGCACAGGCCUGCCCCAAGACCAUC